AUGGAAUGUGCUUGUAAAAACUCGGACAUAGCAUUCCUGUUGGAUGUCACUGGCUCUCCAGAUGAUGCACCAAAGAUUCAACGCUUCUUGGCGUAUUUGGUCAACGAUUCAUUCGUAAUUGGACCUAGUGACGUCAAUAUCGCUAUUAUAUCUUUCAUACCGGAAAUAGAUGGUCAUAUGACACUGGACAAAGGGGACUUAUAUCCCGACGUAUCGGCAGCAAUCCUCACUGUGAACGUACACAAUGGGACAUCUUUCGAAAGCCAAACGUAUAACGCGUUGGACUUGGCCAAGACCGUUUUUCUUAGUCCUCAGCAUGUUCAAGGAGGAAGGUUAAAUGCAAGUAAAAUCGCCGUCGUCCUAACUACGGGGCUGGAUGACACAUUCUGCACUACUGUACAAAAGGCGCUGGCGGCGAAGCAACAGGGCAUUGAAGUGUAUGCGAUAGGGGUCGGCAACAAGACAAGCCAACUUCUAGAACUAAAAGCGAUUGUUAGCCCUCCUGCGCAUACUCAUGCUUUCCAUGUAGAAUCGUUUGAUGAGCUGCGCGAGCUGGCAGAGGUCUUCUUUAAAGCACUUUGUUCAG